AUGAUCUCUCGUGUCUGUUUAGUCCUGGUCCUGGUGUCCUCGGCGUCCCUCUUGGCGGCCGCCGACGAUCCCUACGCGACGCCCAUCCCCAUCCUGAAGGACGACCGGACGCAGGACGCCUACGGAGGCUACACCUUUGACUUCGAGUCCGGCAACGGCAUCGUCCGACAGGAGUCCGGGAAGGAGAGCGACGGACAGGCGAAGGAGGGAGGCUGGAGAGAUCCGGCAAUUAACGAGGCAACAGACACCAUGAUCAACGGUGUCCGAGAAUGUUUUUCUCUUGCAUAUUUCCGGCCGAAGAGGAGCCUGGAAUCGCCUGGAACGUCGUAG